AUGAGAUCAGAGUUCUGUGGGCUGAACACGGCACAUUCUGCUGUAAUGCACUGUGACAGGAGCCUGGAGGAGGUCUCUGCUCUCAAGUCUGUGGGGUACCCGGGCGCAGCGUGUCUUGCGCGGUGUGUUUGUGAUGAACUUCCGUGCCCCCUGCUCACCUGGCUGUGCGCGCAGUUAGAAGUGCAUUACCCACAACUUAAAGGUGGAGGAGGUAAUCUUCUUUUAGCCGAUGAGCUCAAAACACUGCUGCUGGAAAUGUCAUCUCCUCUGGCAUCUCUGACCCUCGAGGUUCUGGACCCCUCUAAACUUGACAGAAUUACAGACUUCUUAGUAUCUGAACUACAAGCUGCAAUCAUCAUUAAGCAUAAGGACUGUCCUUCCGAUGACGAGGCUCCAACAGAGACAUCUCCUAAAGAACAAAGGUGUCGCAGCAGCAUUAAUCCUGAAGAGAAUUGUGAGGAUGAUUGUGAAGAGGCUGUGGUCAAUAAACACGCUGAGUGGCUGUCGAUGCUCCAAACACUAAGCAUGGAUGCAAAUUCAUCUAUUACAGAUAUUUUAAAUGAGGUGGAGACGAGGAUAUCAAAUUUGCCUUCUGAUGCCAUGAGCCCUCUCCUCAACACCCCUCUCAGUCCAGAACACUGGGUUAAACUUGAAAAAUUAAAUGACAUUUUAUCUGAAGAUUACAAAUGCCGAAGGCAAAUGAUGAUAAAACGCUUUCAAGUCACACUUGAAUCAUUUUCAUGGGGAGACAAUAAGACGAAUCAAAAGAAAGUUCUGGAAAAUCUUCCGCAGAUAUCUUCAUUUGACCACCCCUCUAAAGUAUCACUUCCACUUGUUCUUGCUGCCAGAGUGAAUCAGUCUUGUAAUGAUCCAAUUCGUCCUGGGAAUUCAACUCCGGUUUACAAAGUGAAGAUGGGAGCAGUUCCAGAUCGUGGAGGGAGGCCAGGAGAAAUGGAGCCACCAAUGCCAACAUGGCAAGAUCAAAGAUCAGGACAUAGAUCAGGGCAAGCAAGUGGAAACCAGAAAUGGCGCAAAUUUUCAGAUAAAAAGAAGCACAAACAUUAA